AUGGUGGCUGCAAAGAAGAUGAAAAAGUCGAGGGAGUUGAUCAACUCUAGACUCCACCUUGUUAUGAAAAGUAGAAAGUACAUGCUGGUGCAUAAGCAGACUCAGAAGCUGACCGGACAAUGCAAAGCCAAACUGGUCAUCCUCACCAACAGCAGUCCAGUCUUGAGGAAAUCUGAAAUAGUGUACUAUGCCAUUUUAGCCAAGACUGGUGUUCAUCACUACGGUGGCAAUGAUACUGACUUGGGCACAGUGUGUGGAAAAUACUACAGAGUGUGCACACUGGCUGUCACUGAUCCAGGUGAUUCUGAUAUUAUCAGAAGCAUGCCAGAACAGACUGGUGAAAAGUAA